CCUCAUGUCAGAUGGAGGUGACCCGGGACUCCGUUCACGGAGGAGUUGGCGACUUUCACUGUACCGCACUGUUCCUUCCACCCCAGCACAGCCGGCCCCCCCCCCUCGCCAGCUGUGAGCUCCCGUACUUGGUACUGAGCGCGGAGACCCCCAGACCCCCAGGCCCCAAACAAGCCAGGCCCCCAACCUGUCUCUUUUUGGUCUCGUUAGCCGACGUUAUGCCGGCUUGGCUCCUUCCCAGCUAUCGCGACUAGCAGGCGAGCCUGCCAGCCCGUCUAACUAAGCAGGAGCGAAGAGAGUGAGUGCGACGACCACCUUGCACGAGCAAACCGCCCCCUCUCAACGCCCGAGUGCAAGCAGGAGGUAUCAACGUCAACGAAGCAGUGCCCUCAGCCGGCCGGCACGGCAAGACUCCGACCCCGUGGCUUCCCGACUGAUCGCAAGUGCUGCUAUGCCCUCCGACCCGAGAUAGCUCGUCCAUCGUCGGCAUCUUCCCACCAUGGCCUCCAACUCCAACGCGGAUAGUGAUCUGGACCCACUAUGGCAGAACCUCGACUGGGCCAUCGGUCAGACACUGAUCAUGGGCUGGGAUGGGACCGAGGUGACGCCCCAAAUCCGAAGCCUCAUCGAGGACCAUCACCUCGGCUCCAUCAUUCUUACCGCCAAAAAUCUCAAGUCCGCCCAGCAGACCACCAGGCUGGUUCAGGAGCUCCAAACUAUCGCAAAGAAUGCUGGACACCCUCAGCCUCUGCUCAUUGCUCUUGACCAGGAGAACGGAGGUGUCAACAGUCUCUUCGAUGAGGACUAUGUGUGCCAGUUCCCCAGCGCCAUGGGUAUCGCAGCCACUGGGCGCGCCGACCUGGCUUAUGAGACCACUAAAGCCACCGCUCUCGAAAUCUCCGCGUGCGGCGUCAACCUGAUGCUGGGUCCCGUUCUAGACGUGCUCAACAACGCCAGAUAUCAGCCGCUUGGUGUCAGGGCAACGGGCGAUGAUCCUCAAGAAGUCUCACAGUAUGGCCUUGCUGCGCUGAAAGGCAUACGGGAUGCCGGAAUCGCUACCUGCGGCAAGCAUUUCCCAUCGUACGGCAACCUCGACUUCCUGGGGUCGAACCUUGAUGUCCCCAUCAUUACUCAGACACUGGAAGAGCUAAGCCUGAGUGCCUUGGUACCUUUCCGAAAUGCCAUUGCGUCCGGCCAGCUCGAUGGCAUGUUUGUGGGUGGCUGUGGCAUCUCAAACCCGUCAAUGAAUGUGAGCCAUGCCUGUCUCUCAGACCAGGUCGUCGACGACCUUCUCCGGAAUGAGCUCGGCUUCAAAGGCGUUGCCAUUUCUGAAUGCUUGGAGAUGGAGGCUCUCAGUCACGACCUGGGCGUCCAGAACGGCGUCGUUAUGGCUGUGGAGGCAGGAUGUGAUCUUGUUCUUCUUUGCCGAGCCUAUGAUGUUCAGCUCGAGGCCAUAAAGGGUCUCCGGCUGGGCUACGAGAACGGCAUCGUGACCAAGGAGAGGAUUUUUACCUCGUUACGCCGGGUGUUGAAGCUCAAGGCCCAGUGCACGUCUUGGGCCAAGGCUCUCAACCCUCCCGGGAUUUCUCUACUUUCUCAACUCCACCCUUCCCAUCUCACCUUGUCCAGAAAGGCGUAUGACGACUCCAUCGCCGUCAUUAGGGACAAGGAGAAACUCCUGCCACUCUCAAACUCAAUGCAUCCUGGUGAGGAGCUUCUCCUGCUUACGCCGCUGGUGAAGCCGCUGCCGGCGUCAUCCAUGACCAAGAAUCUUCUCGACGCAAAGAACAGCUAUUCGAGCCGGCCGACGAAUCACGACGCUUGGGUCCAUCAGCGAGAGAAAGGUGUGAUCAUGAGUGGCGAGGGAGUCUUUCGGGAGUUUGGCAAAAACCUUGCCCGCUACCGCAAUGAGAAGCUAUUGCACACAAGCUAUACCGCAAACGGCGUAAGGCCUGUGCACGAAAACCUGAUCAACAGGGCAUCUUGCAUCAUCAUCGUAACGGCAGAUGCAAACCGAAAUCUAUAUCAGGCCGGCUUCACCAAGCACGUCGACAUGAUGUGCUCCAUGCAUAGGAGCAGGGGCAACAAGAAGCAACUCAUUGUGGUUGCCGUCAGCUCGCCCUACGAUUUUGCCAUGGACAAGUCGAUUGGUACCUACAUCUGCACCUUUGACUUCACCGAGAAUGCCAUGUCUGCGCUGGUCCGUGUACUGGUAGGAGAAAUUGAUCCUCCUGUAGGGACCAUGCCAGGCACACUGCGGAAGAGCAAAAAGGUCCUCAAGUCGAGACAGCACUGGCUGGUGGAGGAAUACGAUCGGUCACGGGACGCCAAGGGUCUCUCCGAUUUGCUUCGUGCAGUCCACCGAGCGACCGCCCCCGAUCUCGAGUUUCUCAAAACCACAACGCCGGCCUCGUUUGAACUGAACAUCGCAUCUAUUAAAGAGGCCCACUUUGUGGUGCGAAAUAGUAGCACGCAGGCUCUAUACGGCUUUGCCGCUACUUACUUUACGUCUGGGGUCGGCAUUCUAGGCGCCAUCUUCGUGGACCCUGGAAAACGGGGCAUGUCAGUGGGCCGAUCACUUCAUCGACGUGCGCUGAAGAGCCUGGGCCAGCAACGAGGCAUCAAGAAAGUUCAGCUUGGCAUGCCAUUCCCUGGAGUCUUCUUAGGCAUUCCUUCUAACCUCGAACUCAGUACCGUCAAAGACUGGUUCGCCAAUAGCGGCUGGGAUACGCAGUUUCCUCGCAAGCUGACGAACAUGGUCAUUAAGGACCUGGGCAACUGGCUCGUUCCAGAGGGGCUGCUACAAACCAUUCAACGAGCUAGUAUCAGCUUUGACCUCAUCCAUGGCUUGGAGAACGCGGAUAGCGUUCUUCACCAUGUACGGACGAACGCCAACCCCGAGGUGCUUGAGCUUUACAAGUACGCACUAGGCGAAAAUAAGUCAUGUGGCAUCGUGAGAGCCAAGGAUCCGGCCGGCAAUCUAAUCGGGACGGUCAUCAUCUGCCGUCAAAACAGCGCUUUGAUCACCUAUGUACCCCCGCUCUCAUCUCAUACGGAUGAUGUUGGGGGCAUCAUCGCCCCUAUCGUACCCUUGGCUCCACAGUCAACAUUAGUUCUACAGGGACUAGCGCUCAUGGGAGUGCGCCAAUGCAAAAGCCACAAGGCCUCGAGGGCCUUGGUCAGCUGGGUCGUGGACGACGCAAAUGAGCCAUUGCUGGCAAUGGGCUUUGAGAUUCUGCAGGUGUUUGAAGAGAUCACAAAUUCUCCGGAAGUUUGUCAGCUUUGAAUGAUUCGCAAUACCAGAUGAGAGCUUUCCUUUCGUGCGAUCAAGUUGUUGCCAAGCACAUGUCAAGCGUAGUUUUAAAUCUUUCUGUAACAUAGGUUGGAUGCUAGCACGAUCGUUGAUGACGGGGGCAAUGUGGCGAAAGCCCACAGAGAGUGUGGACUAUAUACUGCGUUGCUAUGCAAGUAGUGAGCCGAGCGAGAUGGGAAACUUACUUGCUUCCGCCCAUAGAUCAGCUCCGGAGCCUGGAAAGACAGCCAAACACUGAUAAUGAGUCUCUUAGCAAGACAUUAAGGUAUGAG